CGAUGUAUCACCAUUUUGAUAUUUUGCCACACCCCUAAAUAUACCUUUGUCCUGGGUAUCUUCUGUUCAACAUUGUAUAUUGUCGAUUAGGGCUGCAACUAUCGAUUAUUUCAGUAGUUUAUUAAUCGAUGAACUAGUUAGUUCGAAUAAUCAAGUAAUAUGAUAAGGAACAUAAAAUAUGUGAAUACCUGAGCUGAGCCUCAAACGGUAUAAAAAAAUAAAGGAUCUAUGUACAACAAAAGAACAGUUGGCUAACUUACAUAGCAAAAGUCUGCUAGAUUAUAUGCUAUAAAACGCUAACAUCUUUUUUAUAAUAUUCUUAACAAAUGGUUCAGAUGCAUAUUCCCACAAAAAAUGGCUAAAUAUACCUUUACAUUACGAAUGCAUUAAAAAAAUGUUAGCUCAAACACAAACUUAGCUGAUGUUGGUCAUAACAUGGAGCAGCUGGAUUCAGCCAUGUGAAAUGUGUCAGACUAGACAGCAGUGUAUCCACCCAAAUCAAUAAAACUAAAUGCAAACACUUUCAAAAUAAACCAUUACAACGCCACUUUAAUUAAACGAAUACUCGAAACAGCAACAUUUAUUUUGAAUCUUUUUGUCAAAUCGAAUACUCGAGUUAAUCGAUUAAUCGUUGCAGCACUAUUGUCGAUUAAUUAUUGUAUUGAACACUGCUUUUGUACACAUAUUAUUUUAUAUUUCAUGUUUAUUAACGGAAUAUAUUAUCGAUAAAGUUUAAAAGAAUGUGUAGCCAAGCUAAUGACGGUGCCGGCGUGACGGCCAUACUAGCAGGGGCAAAACUCCCAUUUUACACAAUGCAUGGCCAUUGAUAUUUAAAUCGGUUUAUAAUUUCUAAACCGAUUUCCAUGAAGAUUAUUCUUUGGAUAACACCUACAGUGGGUAUGUCAAUGAAAAACCUUUGAAAAUAAAUGAACUUCAAUCCAGAAGGUUAUUCCCAGUCCUCUUGUACGGUCGUAGUGGCAUCCAUUUUAUUGACAUCCUUGCCCCGACUAGCUUAGCGUCGGCGUAGGCACGCGUUGUUGCUGUAAUGCAGCAGCAGAAGAAGAACAAAGACCAAGAGGAAGAAGGAAAGGCACACGAAGAAGAAAAAAGAGGGACGAAGAAGGCGAACACAAAUUAAAAAAAUGAGCAUGAAGAUGAAGAGGAUGAUGAAGAUUGGCGCAACAAUGAACUGAACGUAUUUCUGCUGGGAGUCGAAAAGAAGAAGCAUAAACUGACAAGAAUUAGCACAGAUAAACAUUGUAAACAGCUACGCAAUGCAGUUAGCACUAAGCAAAACGUUUGGUCAGAAGCCAGUUAAAUUUCAGUUAGAACAAGAUGGGGACUUUUACAUGGUCGGGUCGGAGGUUGGAAACUAUCUGCGUAUGUUUAGAGGCUCCUUGUACAAACGAUAUCCGUCUUUAUGGAGGAGGCUUGCUUCAGUGGAGGAGAGGAAGAAAAUAGUAGCAUCAUCACAUGCCACUAGUGUUACUCUGCUGAAGGCAUCUGAGUGUGAGGAGAUCUUUGAAGGUAAUGAUGACAAAUACAAAGCAGUGUCAAUCAGCACGGAGCCACCGGCAUACCUCAGGGAGCAGAAAGCCAAAAGAAGCAGUCAAUGGGUCCCAACACUUCCCAACAGCUCCCACCAUUUAGAUGCAGUGCCUUGUUCCACUACCAUCAACCGCAAUCGCAUGGGUCGGGACAAAAAGAGGACCUUCCCACUGUGCUUUGAUGAUCACGAUCCUGCUGUGAUUCAUGAGAAUGCUGCACAAGUGGAGGUGCUGGUCCCAGUUCGCCUUGACAUGGAGAUAGAUGGGCAAAAACUCCGGGAUGCUUUCACAUGGAACAUGAAUGAAAAGCUGAUGACCCCAGAGAUGUUUGCAGAAAUUCUGUGUGAUGACUUAGACCUGAAUCCACUGGCCUUUGUCCCUGCCAUUACCUCUGCCAUACGUCAACAAAUUGAGUCAUACCCUACUGACAGCAUUUUAGAAGAGCAGGCAGACCAAAGAGUCAUUAUCAAGCUCAACAUCCAUGUGGGAAACAUCUCUCUCGUGGACCAGUUUGAAUGGGACAUGUCGGAACAUGAGAACUCCCCUGAGUCCUUUGCACUGAAGUUGUGCUCUGAACUAGGUCUCGGGGGUGAAUUUGUGACCACUAUUGCCUACAGCAUUCGAGGACAACUGAGCUGGCAUCAGAGAACAUACGCCUUUAGUGAGAACCCACUCCCAACAGUAGAGAUUGCCAUUCGUAACACAGGUGAUGCAGACCAGUGGUGUCCACUGUUGGAGACACUAACAGAUGCUGAAAUGGAGAAAAAGAUCAGAGAUCAAGACAGGAACACGAGACGUAUGAGACGACUGGCCAACACUGCACCCUCCUGGUAGAAAAGAGGUCAAAAGACACAUUUGUUGAUCUGUCCUACAAGAGAUUGAGAAGUUACUGAGGAUACUCACUCGCAUGGAUACACACAUCAAUACUUUGUGUAGUCAGUGCUCACAUAUAUAACAGUAUUCUUGCACAAACUAGAUAAAACAAAUCAGCUGUAAUUCUUCCAGUAUCUCAAUUCUUCACUUUUAUUGGCAGUUUUAUUUAUCAUUUCUUUGAAUUGGCUUAUACAGUAUAUAAAUGCUUGAAGCUAGGCUAACUGUUACGUUGUUAUUGAAUGUAUAAUGGUCAGUGGGAAGAAAUACGGUAUUAUGUAAUUGCUUUAGCGAUUUUUAAAUUUCUGCAGAAAUGGUCAUUACAAUCGUUGGACUACAUGGAGUUCUUAAGCUAACACCACACAAACACUUUUGUUUUUCGUAUUUUGGAGAGCAUAAUAUGUAAACACUAACAUAACCAGGGGUGUAAAGUAACCUCAAGCUGAUUUAGAUGCUGUGAUAUAACCUCAGACAACCUCUGCAACUACAGAAACGUUUUUAGGUUUUUGCUGCCAAAUGUGUUUCAACCAGUUAUUAAAGGGGAAAUUCAAGGGAUCCAUGGAUAGAAAGACUUGUAGUUCUUAAAAGAUAAAUGUUAGUACAAGUUAUUAUAAUUUGAUAUUGAAACCCCUCUGGAUAUUUUCGUUUUUAUACAAUUUGUAAAAUUAUUUUAACCAGUAGGUCGCCAUUGUUGUUGACGUCACAGGGCCACGCUGCCAGAAUUCCAGCUAUCACUCUUUAAAAAAAAAAAAAAAAAGUGUCACUCUAAUUAUGUAAGGUAGUAAUUUAAAUACGCCACAAGGUGUCAAUGGAGAGUUUUAGUUAGGGAUCAAGCCAAUGAGUGCGUUUCCCUUGACUGACGCUGUAGUUUCUUUAAUUCACAGUGGGAGAAAGAAAGAGUGGACACAGGCAUUCAGAUUCGUUGCUCAGACCGCACCGUUUAUUGGCAUAAGCUUUGGCAACUCUUUCACAAAACAUGUAAGUAUCAUAUAGUGAAAAUACAACAAAACUAAUACUCAUAUCUCUAAAAAAAUGUCACCAAGAAGAAAAGUGCUUCAAUCUGUAUUACCAAGGCCCUAUUCUCACACAGUUAACACAACAAUCCAAAGAGAAUCUUAUCUUAACCGAUAAGCGCUCAGGGCCAGCAAGCUCGACUCCCAGUAUGGCUCCAAAGAAUUUGAAACCUGGAGACUUGGAUGAAAUAAAAUCCUCCAUACAGACGUUGGAGGUCUCCUUGACUGGCUUGAUUCAAAACCAGAAUCAAGAAAUCGUCAGAGAGCUGCAUUUACUUCGCGCUGAAAACGAGAAACUCAAGCAGGCGGUCGAAGAGAGAGAGGUUCGCAUCAAGAGGCUGGAAAUUUUGGCUGAUGAUCUCGACCAGUGCCGACGCGCAAAUGAGCUCAUCAUUUCUGGAUUACAAUUUACGCUUGGCCCAGGGGACACAGUGGCGCAACUGGCAAUUGCUAAGCUGAAAGUGUAUGGAAUAAACAUGGAACCGCUGGACAUCCAUCGCUGCCUUCUGCUCCCAUCUGGGGGGAGAUGACCGGCGACGGUGCUCAUGAAGCUGGCAGACCACAAGACCAAGACUGCCCUGCUUAACCAACGCCGCCACCUGAAAGGGUCGAAGAUUUUUUUGAAUGACAACUUGACUCGCCGAAAUGCCGAAAUUGCAAGAAAAGCACGUCAACUCAAGAAAGCUGGGAAAAUAGCCAACACCUGGGUCUCGGAUUGCAGCAUCCUUGUCAAGACGCAAGAUAUGAAGAUAAGCGCUAUCACGAGUCUUGAUCAACUGAAUAUAAUAGCUGGAUAACUGUAAAUACUACACAGCGGACCAGUAUAACAACUCGUGGAUGUGGACGGUUCGAACACACUAAGGAUUAUCUACUAAAGAUAACAAAUAUUCUGACUUUAAUUUGCACGGACAUAACAUGACACGAAUACUGUAUAAAAUGAAUAAUAAGCAUGUUUUCGUUGUGGAGACAUUAAUCUUGGGAUAAAAUAUGUACAGCAUGUUGUUUAUACAUUCAUGUCUGAUGAAACUGUUACAGUGACCUCUGUGUGCGCCAAUUGUUGCUACUCACACCAGCUGUGAUAACACAAUCACUUCACACACAUAGCCACAACAAAAUGUUCAAACAGAUGCAAAAAUGUCAGGGACAUGACGUACGCCGUGAAACAAAUUGACUGGACGCUAAGUUACUAAACUCAGAUUGCUGAUUGUGUUGUUGUACAGUUUUGAUGUAUGUUCCAUGCCUGAAUGUGCAUCUUUAGUUGUAUGGGGGACGGGAAACUGAUAAGCAUAUGCUUCAUCUCGUCCGCCUUUGUCCUCAUUCUUCGGUUCCUUCGGACAAAUCAUAUCACAUUUUGUAAUUGUCAAUGAUUGUCAAUGAUACCGAUGAUGAUGACAAUAAAAUUCCAUAAAUAAAAUAGAACUGGCAUUCACAAUCAAAAUAGAUGCGCAAAAUACACCUAAAACUUACUCAGACUUUGGUCAAAUUAUAUUUAAACAUUUUAGCAACUCCUUUAGCUCAACAAAUACACUGGAUGGCAAUAUUUAGUCACAAUACACAACUAUGAUGCUGGGAGCCAUUUUCAGGAGUCUUGUGAAGACAAACUCAAAUAAAUGUGAAUCACAAUAGACCCUGUCAAAAAAAAACUGAGCUAUGGCGUCAGUCGAGGGACAAAACUCACUCAUUGGCUUGAUGUCUUAUUAAUGUAAAACUCGCCAUUGACACCUUGCGGUGUAUUUAAAUCACUACCUUACAAAGUGAGAGUGACCGUGAAGUACGACAGCGUGGCCCUGCGACGUCAACAACAAUGGCGAGUAUUUUUUAAUUGAAAAUUUUACAAAAUUUAUUAAAACAAAAACAUUAAGAGGGGUUUUAAUAUCAAAAAAUUAUUACUCGUACUAACAUUUAUCUUUCAAGAACUACAUGUCUUUUUAUCCGUGGUUCCCUUUCAGAAUUUUUGACAUUAGGCUUAAUCUUCGAUUUAGUGGGGGUAGUUUCAGGGCUCUGGAGUGGCUAAGCCAGCGCGAGUCAAACGGCCCGUCCUAGCAUGCCAAUAAAAUACAACAUAUGCACGCAUAGAAAUCACCAGUGACCCUUGCAAUCAAUAGUGUUGGCUAUGUUUUCAGGAUGAAGUUAUUAAAACUUACCAUUGCAUGUUAUUAACUAGUAAUAACAGCAACAUUUGUAAUCCAGCAGCUGUGAAGGUAACAGGCUGCAGAGCGGAGUGAUAUUUUUUAACACCGAUGUAUUUGUCGUAGCCAGCAACAAGUAUCCAGAGUUUGUGUUGUUUGUCGUUCUUCACAGGGAAUUAGUGGGAACUCUCAUUUGCCCAUUUCUUGUCUGUUUCCACGGCCUCUAAAUGCACAUUUCAUUAUGUUGCCGUUCUUCAGUCAAGAUUCCGUAGACUGAUGGCUGCAUUUCAUUGGAAUGGUACUCGAACUGGAAGGCCCUAGUCGCAAAUUCAGGAAAAAAAAGUACACUGACUUCUCUAGUUGCUUCAAACAGACCUCACUCGAAAAAAUGCGCUGCCCGUCGAUAGUAGACAGUCAAUAGUGAAACUAAAGAAGGCAGUUUACAGUGUGGUCUAUUUAUCUUAGCCGUCGUUUUUCCUCCACUAUUUGAUUGCUUAUGAGAAGGCAGAUUUGCUGGAGGUAAACAUGUAUUAUAAUGUCCCAAAAAACAACAACGUAUGGAACCCUUUGAAGUCUUAACUGGUACCAUCCAAUUGGGAUAAGUCGGACCAUCCAUCCCACCAUUAUAUCUGUUAAUAUCGUUUUUUUAUUGGCAAGCUAGGAUGGGACCAUUGACUCCGACUAGCUUAGCCACUUUGGAGCCCUGAAAUUAAUUAAUAACUAACAAACUGCACAGAACUCCAGCGACUAAUUAAACCCCCGCUAACUCGAAGAUUAAGUCUAAUGUCAAAAAUUCUGAACUUCCGCUUUAAGUUAGUUCCUUCCUGUCCUUUAAUGUUUCGUGUUUUGCUCUAUAGAAAUCAAACAAAAACAUACUAAUUCUGUAGUAUGACUUUUUAUCCUUGUGAUAAGGAUGCUCAGACCACAUUUUAUGACCAAUUUAUGCAGGAAUCUAAAAAACAUUCCAAAAUACUUUUUCCUUCCACUGCAGUAUUAUAACACUCACCAGACUAAAAUUGUUUAAAACACAACAAAAUGUAAGACGAGAGUCCAAAUAAGUACCAUAAUUGUUCCUUGUGGCCUUACGUUGGUGUUUUUAAAAGGCUGAAAUGAUAUUCCAUGUCACUUCCGGCUAGGUUCAAGAUGUUUAUAUUUAGAGUCCUUAGGUCAAUAGAUGUUGUUCAGUAGCAUGCUUUAACACUUAAGUCAUAAUGUAGUGUAUGCUAUACAUUACAUGGUCGUUGAAAGGAUUAUGGUUCUCGAUUUGUCAUUUGAUUCUUGCCUCUGACAUUGUCAUCGAGGUCUAGGACUAUGACAUCUCAAAAGUUUGUUUCGUAUGCCAAGUUGACUAAUGAUAUUUGUUUUGGAGUUUAUUUUGCUUGUGACUCCAUUGAUCAUUUCUGUUUUCUUUGUGAAAGGUAUGGUUUUAUACGGAAAUGUAAUAAAAGCAAUUGCUCAAACAUUUUCUUUAAUAGCAUGUUUGUAUGCGGCGGAAAACACAGACAAGACUGAAAAAGCAGUUUCUGCUCUUGGACUCCUCUUUAAAAGAAAGUGCUGCAUUUUAAGCCAGAACAACUGUUGUGUCUGAUAGAACAAUAUGUCUAUAUGCUGCCAUAGCAGAUUCAUGGCCCAUGAAGCCCCCGAACUAUUUUUAAUUUGUCUGUUUUACCCUGAAAACUCCCGUUUACAGACGUGGCGCAACCGCUUUUGUUCUAACCCAGCCAUAAAACUAAGGUAAUUCCUUAUAUUUAUUAUUAAAAAUGUCAGUCAUUUCUAAAAGAAUCAUUAACUGAUGUCUAAUAUUUCAUUUAAAAAAAAAAAAAAACUUUAAAAAACUAUUCACUCGCAUAUUUUAAACUUUUAAACAAAUGACGUCACAAUGAAAUAAAAUGGCGUCUGUAAAAAAGUCACGGAUAUCUACCUCAUAACUAUCGCU